CAGGUAGUGACGUGAUGUGUAAACAGGUCCUGUAGCCGUGGCAGCGGCUGAGGCGGGCGAGCUAGGUACGGCUGCCGCGGACCGGGGAGAGAAGCUGCCAGCCGACAUCAGCCUGCGCCGCAGCGCGCCGCCACUACGGGGUCGGAAGGGAGAGCACCAGGUGGCGCUCAUCUUUGUACCCCAGCCUCUAGCAGUGUUGGCAUGUAGUAGGCACUCAAGAAAUAUGUGUUGAAUGAACGGUGCCUGUGACAAGCAACUGGACUUUGUUCUUUCCUGACCCUUGCUCCUAUGACUCAUCUCCUCCUGGCUGCCACUGUCACUCCUUCAGAGCAGAUCCUCUUCUCUAGGGAAGCCAGAAGGGAAACAGCUAUGGCCAAGGACAUCCUGGGUGAAGCAGGGCUGCACUUUGACGAGCUGAACAAGCUGCGGGUGUUGGACCCCGAGGUUACCCAGCAGACGACAGAGCUCAAGGAAGAGUGCAAGGACUUUGUGGACAAAAUUGGCCAAUUUCAGAAAAUAGUUGGUGGUUUAAUUGAGCUUGUUGACCAACUUGCAAAAGAAGCAGAAAAUGAGAAGAUGAAGGCCAUUGGUGCUCGGAACUUGCUCAAAUCUAUAGCAAAGCAGAGAGAAGCCCAACAGCAGCAACUCCAAGCACUAAUAGCAGAAAAGAAAAUGCAGCUCGAAAGGUAUCGGGUUGAAUAUGAAGCUUUGUGUAAAGUAGAAGCAGAACAAAAUGAAUUUAUUGACCAAUUUAUUUUUCAGAAAUGAACUGAAAAUUUCAUUUUAUAGGAGGGCAAAAAA